GUCCUCAGCUUUCCAGUCUUCGAUUCCGCCCGCUUUCCGAGUGAGAAACGCAGGCCUCUCUCUUCCGUGAAGCAGCGUCUUGUCUCCGCUGUGCUGUCUCUUUAAGAGGUCAGCGGGCUGCUCCGCCUCUUGGGAAUUUGAUUGGUCUCUCCCACUUUUUUUUUUUUUUCCCCAGUGAUGACUUAUUCCUAUAGGCUGCUGGAGGUUAGAGGGCGGGCCUGAGUGAUAACGGGGACUCUGGGACUCUGGGACUUGUGGGACUGUGGCCGUUUUCGCAAUUUGGGCUGGACGAAAAAGACGGUCUUGCUUUCCCGGUCGCCGCUGUCGGGAAGGGCUGCAGGGUGUCCGCGAGACCCGCGGCCCGGCGAGCUGACCCCGCCUCGCCUUUCCUGCCUAGCCCUCAUUCCACGGAGCCGGUCGCGCCCGGUCCUUGCGCGACGCUCCCCGGCCCCGGCCGCCUGGUCUGGCGCUGGAGGCCGGAGUCCCGCGGCCUGUGCUGGGUCCGCGCACACCCAGUGGCGGCGGAUGGGCGGCCGGGGCGGCCGGGGCGGCCGGUCCUGAGCACGGCCCGGGCUGUCAGACAGGGUCUCACUCUGUGGCCCAGCCUGGAGUGCAGUGGUGUGAUCAUAGUUUGCUGCUGCCUGCUGCCUGGAUCUCCUGGGCUCAAGUGAUCCUUCCACCUCGGCCCCACCGAGUAGCUAAGACUACAGGGCUGGCUGCUGGUGGGAUGGACACCCUGGAGGAGGUGACUUGGGCCAAUGGGAGCACAGUGCUACCCCCACCCCUGGCACCAAACAUCAGUGUGCCUCAUCGCUGCCUGCUGCUGCUCUACGAAGACAUUGGCACCUCCAGGGUCCGGUACUGGGACCUCUUGCUGCUCAUCCCCAAUGUGCUCUUCCUCAUCUUCCUGCUCUGGAAGCUUCCAUCUGCUCGGGCGAAGAUCCGCAUCACCUCCAGCCCCAUUUUUAUCACCUUCUACAUCCUGGUGUUUGUGGUGGCGCUGGUGGGCAUUGCCCGGGCCGUGGUAUCCAUGACGGUGAGCACCUCGAACGCUGCAACUGUUGCUGAUAAGAUCCUGUGGGAGAUCACCCGCUUCUUCCUGCUGGCCAUCGAGCUGAGUGUGAUCAUCCUGGGCCUGGCCUUUGGCCACCUGGAGAGUAAGUCCAGCAUCAAGCGGGUGCUGGCCAUCACCACAGUGCUGUCCCUGGCCUACUCUGUCACCCAGGGGACCCUGGAGAUCCUGUACCCUGAUGCCCAUCUCUCAGCUGAGGACUUUAAUAUCUAUGGCCAUGGGGGCCGCCAGUUCUGGCUGGUCAGCUCCUGCUUCUUCUUCCUGGUCUACUCUCUGGUGGUCAUCCUUCCCAAGACCCCGCUGAAGGAGCGCAUCUCCCUGCCUUCUCGGAGGAGCUUCUACGUGUAUGCGGGCAUCCUGGCACUGCUCAACCUGCUGCAGGGGCUGGGGAGUGUGCUGCUGUGCUUCGACAUCAUCGAGGGGCUCUGCUGUGUAGAUGCCACAACCUUCCUGUACUUCAGCUUCUUCGCUCCGCUCAUCUACGUGGCUUUCCUCCGGGGCUUCUUCGGCUCGGAGCCCAAGAUCCUCUUCUCCUACAAAUGCCAAGUGGACGAGACAGAGGAGCCAGAUGUACACCUACCCCAGCCCUACGCUGUGGCCCGGCGGGAGGGCCUGGAGGCUGCAGGGGCUGCUGGGGCCUCAGCUGCCAGCUACUCGAGCACGCAGUUCGACUCUGCCGGCGGGGUGGCCUACCUGGAUGACAUCGCUUCCAUGCCCUGCCACACUGGCAGCAUCAACAGCACAGACAGCGAGCGCUGGAAGGCCAUCAAUGCCUGAGAGCGGCUGCCAGGGCCUGUGGAGGACAGGCCAGAGAGGAGGCCAGCGGGCCCAGAGUCCCCAGGGGAGGAGGACCAGGUCAAGGGACCUUCUGUGGGCAGUAGCCCUGUGUGGCCCUGUUCCCACCAUGAGUCUGGAGGCCCCACCUCCCUGGAGCUCCCAAUCCCCUUUGCCAUCUCUGCUCUCACUGGGGACCCUCCUCCCCUUCCCACCUGUUCUCAUACUGCUCAGUGACAUGGCCCAGGCUUUCCUUCCAGGGCCAUGCUUGGCAAGGUUGGCUGAGGGCACCCUCCUUCUCUGCACCCUUGGCACGAGGGCAGGGCUGGCUCUCCCAAUGCCUCCAUCUCAUCCCCAUGGUGCUUUGGCCUCCUCAAAGCAUCCACCAUGGUGGAUGGACUGAAGUGUGUAUAUUUUCUUGAUCUAUUUUUUAAUAAAAAGGAAAAGGAGCAGAA